CAUGGCUCGGAUGAAGAUAAAGACAGGGGAUCAGCCUCGGUUGAAUGACCAAGAGACAACCGCUCUGCAGUCCCAUGUUGAGGACUGGGAAAAGGCAGAUGGGACCGAAUGACGACAGAUCUUUAAAGCAGCUGCCAGGGAGGCCAAACUCUUUGCUCCAAAGAUGGACAAAGAGCUCUUGAAGCAAUGAAAAGAGGUAAGUGUUUCGGCUGUGAUGUUGGGUCAUGCUGCAUUGCAGUGACAGUGGACAGAAAUACAGGCAGUGGUUCCACAAUCACAAGAAACACAAGGCCAAUGCCAAACCACCGAUAAAGCUCCAAAAGAAAUGGAUGGCACGCCAAGUCAUUGAAGAGGAAUGGAAGGCCGACAUCCUUCAGCAAAUACGAAAAGAAAUUGAGGAGGAGACCGGGGAAAAGCCUGAGCAGAAAGAAGUUUUCAGGAGGUAUCAACCCAAGAUGACCGCAAUCAUGAAAGGGCUGGAUGACAAUGAGUUAGAGGAAGCCCGGGCUAAGGCUGACAAGUGGACCAAUCAAGCACCUGAUGCUGCAGUCCAGGCCAAGAUGGCAAAGAAGAAGGGUGAAAAGAUGAUCAAGCACUUUGCCAAGGAGAUAUUUACUCAAGCCGGUAUGAGACUGUUUGUAUUGGGAUCCUGGAAGGAUGACCAGGGCAGCCUCGUUACAUCUGGGCAAGUUCAUGCAUUCAUUUGGUUUGACUUCAAUGAACAGCUCAGCAAGGGCUCCAGCUUCAUGAAGUGCAAGGACUGGCAGGUCAUCUUACCGGCAUGGGAAGAUUUCAUUGGUGAUGUAUUCAAUCAGGAUCAAGACCAGGAUGGCAUGCUGCUCAGAGGCACUCGCUGGGGUUCCAAACCAUACUAUGAGUUUGACCUGGACUGCAUGGGUUUGCCAAUCUUGCCAGAUAUUGAUGGUUUCUCGCUCGACACCAAGAAGGGCAUCAUUCGGUCAUUCCUCACCAUUCAUUAUAGAAUGUGCUGUGGAAAGCUGAAGGUCCCAGUUCCUUGGAGCAACAUAAUGAAGGGACAGUCAAGAUUCAUCUCCAGUACAUACCUGCCAGAUGGUACACAGAUCAUGGAGCCGUCCAAAAUGCACCGGGACAAAGCCAUCUCUUUGUUGGAAUGUUGGUUGGACCGACAGGACAACCAAGUCAGCCUAACAUUCCAGUUCAAGGCUUAG